AUGAAAAAAUUNUAGGUAUUAUCUAAAAUUAAAUAUCGUUUAUCAGUGAUAAUCAAGUAACUUUUGAAGGAGAGUAUGAAAAUGGCAAAAAAGUGGGAAGGUGGGAUACUUUUUAUUGGUAGGAGUGGAUGUAAAAUAUAUUUCUAUAUUUCGAUUUACAAUCUUGUUUCUUGUUUAAUAGUGGUGGAGGAUAAUAUCAAAAAGUAGAAAAUGAUAAUUUGAGUGAUUCAAUAAAGGUUGGACAGUGGAGAGAGCUAAUAGAUGGAUUUAAUUAGUAUUUACAAAGAAUUAUAUAUAAUAGGUAGGGCUAGAUCACAUAUUUUGGUGAAUACGUUAAUGGUAAAAAAGUAGGUAUAUGGUAAAAAAUGUUUGGGAUCAUUAUAAUGUAUCUAUAAAGUAUGCUUUAUUAGGGGUGAAUAUGAU